UUACAAUCACAAAGGAGUCAAAAAUGGGAUGCGUGGCAAUAACGACUCCCAUUUUCUAUUAUGAAUGGACAGGGUGGUGAAGCGUGAUUCCUUAUCUUCAAUUUUCAGAAAUGGCGAAAGAAGAAGCAACUCCGAAGCCGGUGAUGAUUGCAAUGAAAGGGCAUCCCGGCACCGGCAAGUCUACGUUAGCCAAUUCCUUAGCUUCCGCCCUCAAAAUCCCUCUCAUCGACAAAGACGACAUCCGCGACUGCACUCUCCCUCUCCACCAAUCCCUCCCCACCGCUUCUUAUUCCCUCCUCAACGACCUCUCCUACCACGUCAUCUACCAAAUCGCCUCCACCCAGCUCCGCCUUGGCCUCAGCGUCGUCAUCGACUCUCCACUCUCCCGCCCCACCCACCUCCAUCGCUUGCUCCAAAUCGCUUCUUCCGCCGGUGCCCAUCUCGUCAUCGUCGAAUGUAAGCCAUCGGAUGAGGCCAAGUGGCGGGAGAGGCUUGAACGGAGAGGGAAAAGUGAGGGAGCCAGCUGGCACAAGCCAGCCACGUGGCAGGAGCUUGAGAUGUUGGUUCAAGGGUAUGGCGGGUGCACGGAUUACGAUGUCGGCGACGUGCCGAGGAUGGUGGUGGACACUACCGCUCCGGUUAGUGUGGAGGAGCUUGUUUCUCGUGUGGUCAACUUCAUUGUUUCAAGAUGUGGCACUUGUGUGGGAUUGUGACAUGUGUUGCUCUAUGAGAAUUCGCAGCUCAAAAGUUGACAUUUGGCAUAUAUAGGUUUUUCUUUUUUUAAUAUAUAUGUGAAAUAUAUAAAAUAUAUUUAAUAUAUUAAGGACAGUGUA